AACCGUGAGGCUCCUGGGUGUUAUGGUUAGUGCGAGAAUGUGGUGUGGGUCAGUUUGGCUGUGGUGCUGCUUCUUUACUGGCUGUGUGCUGAUCUCCCCAUUUGUAUGUGAAAUGAACUGGCUUGCAAAAAUACCACAUGCUCUCUUGAGGUCUGGCUGUCGUUUUUCUAUCCCGGCGCACUGCCAGACUUCCCGAUACCUCACUUCUACUGUCACACUCCCACCGGAUAUUGAAUUUCAAGAGUUGAAGAACAAAUUGGAGGAAGAUAGGGUGACCCUGAUCGAUGUUCGCACUCCUAGUGAGCUUGUCACAGAUGGAAAAAUUCCUAAAUCCAAGAAUUUAGUAUUACAAAUGCUAGGAGUUAAGAUCCUUAUCCCUGAAGAGGAUUUUGCAAAACAGCUUGGGUUUUCCAAACCCAAAUUGGAUGAACCUGUUGUUGUUAGCUGUUUGGGUGGUAUUCGUGCCAGAACUGCUCAGCUGGCAAUGAUGGGAGUUGGAUACACCAAUGUCAGGGUGUAUGUUGGAUCAUACGAAGAUUGGAUAGAAAAAGGAGGACCCGUGGAAUAUCCUGAGCCAGAAACACAGGAAGAAUGAAUGUCUUUGGCUGAUGAGUUGGAAAGAUAGGUUAAGUAAUUCUGUUCUAUUUAUUAUGUACAGUAAAACACCCUUGUAUCACACAAUAUUUCAUAUAGAAGAUCCUUUCACAAAUUGUUGCAUACUGUAUAGCAAUAGAGGCUAUACUUCACUUACGUCAGUGACAUUGUAAGUAAUAACUGGAGCAGAGUUUGCAGUACUUUAGUUAAUGGUUGUACAUAAUAAUAAAAUGUGUGAAUACUG